CUCCUUUCAAUUAUUGUGAGAUUGAUAAUAAUAAUCCCAUACGGCACUCCUAACCCUAACCCUAAAACUGUGUUGACCAUUAAUGCUAGCCGUAUAAAAAAAGAUAAGAAACAUUCUGUGCGCGUGGAAAUUAAAGUCGAAUUUGCAUCAGGUUGUGAGCAAUGCAGAUACAUUGACAGUGGAUCAAUUUUCCGUGACUUAUGCAAACGCAGGCUCACACUCCAACACGAAAUUUCUCAUCUCCCAAACUGCUUGACCAGCGACGCAGGUUUUCUAUAAGUCAGCUUCGUUAACGAAAGACGCAUCGUACGGUGCGGGAAAAGUAAAUAUAUUUGCACAUUGUUAGUUAGGAUUUGUUGCAUCACCUGCCUCAAGAGGUCGACGCCUACUGGCCAAGACAUCUAAAGUCCAUUGAGUGUUUGACGUUUAGCCAAAUGUCCACUGCGAUUAAAUUUCAGCGAUAUAAAUUAAUAUCAUAUCUUCGCUGAUAAACUCGGUUUUGGUCAAGAGGCGGAAUCGCUUCCACCGCCUGAAACAUGUCGGCUUUGAAUGCAACUAUCGGGGAAACAAUUGCGCAGUCAAAUCAGUCCAUACAGAUUUGUCCUCCUCCAAGGCAUGAAUUAGUGGUGAAGAUCCUAAAGUACUUUAUCUUUGGCGCAAUUUUUGCCGUGAGCCUGAGUGGGAAUUGCUUUGUGUGCUGGGUAGUUUGGAAAAGACUUCGCAUGCGAACAGUGAUGAAUUAUUAUUUAGUCAAUUUAGCCGCAGCCGAUCUGGCGUUCACGCUAAUAUGUAUACCAUUUGAUCUUCCCGUUCAAGAGAAGUCUUGCAUCUGGCCAUACUUCGGCGCAUUAUGUAAGAUACUCUUUCCAUUACAAACAUUGUGCGCUAGCGCGUCCGUUUUCACGUUGACGGCGAUCGGUUACAGUCGGUAUCGCGCUAUAGUUCAUCCUUUGAAGACUCAAAUCGGUCUCGCUGACGCAAAAAAGUCCAUAUAUCUCAUAUGGCUCGCUUCACUGGUCUUGGUAUUUCCCUACGUGUUGGUCCUCAGAGUAAACCCUUUAACUGGUUAUUGCGAAGAGGGUUGGCCGGAACCAAAGCAAACAUACAGUCGUAUCUACUCGUUUACAAUAUUCUUUGCGGACUACGCAAUACCACUGCCUGUUGUCUUUGUUUCAUACCUCAAAAUUUGUCGCGAACUACGGUUAAACGGAGAUCGAGUACCAGUCGCACAGCCAGAUCAGAUAAAAGACUCAGAAAAAGUGCUGAAAAUGUCGAUUGUUAUAACUAUAGUAUUUGCCGUAUGCGCGUUACCAAACCAUAUUGCCUGGUUAGUACUCGAUUUCUUCAGCGAUAACAAAUGUGCACAGUGCAAUACGUGGGUUAUCUUGGCUAACAUGUUUGUGUUUGCUAACAGUGCUGCAGAUCCCAUCGUUUACACAGUUUUUAACAGAAGAUAUAGAGACGAGUUCAAAAGUCUUUUGAAUUGCCAAGAGCUGGAAAUGGGAGGGCACAAUGAAAAUGCGGUCGACCUAGACGACAGAGUUGUAUGAAUAGCAAUGAAAAGGAAACCAUGAACUAUUCGUAGCUAUGAAAACACACCUCCUGGAACAACUUUUAUUGAAACAAAAAGAAAAACUGUCACAGAAUAUACUAAUUUUUUCAUGCGCGUAAAAAUGGGUCCUUGGAAACAGAAGUUAAUUUCUAAGAGGCUCUUGCUAACGGGUUUACAGCUUUAAGAGCGCCUUCUUUUGAUCUGUAUUCAUGAGCUUGACUAUCCUACAGCUUGAGAUGAUCUCUCAAAUAUAAAUGAUUUAGAACGAGAAAAAAAAUCAUCUUCAAAGCACUAAAACGGCGUUUAAAGUGCAGA